AUGAGCAACUUUACGCCAUAUGCGAAAUGUAUGCGAGCGAUAACGAUCGAAAUAGGUAAAGAGGGAGCAGAAUGCCUUAUGAAGCAAAAGAGAAUAAGGGUUGGGUUAACUAUGUGCCAGGUCGAAAGGCGAAAACUGAUAAGGAGAUGUGUGAGAUGCUGGUCCACGUCGCAUCUUGUUAAAGAUUGCACUGGAGAAGAUCGAAGCAACAGGUGUUUUAAUUGUGGUGAAAGAGGGCACCAGGCCAAGGAGUGUACUAGUGAAAAGAAAUGCCUGAAUUGUGGAAUGAUAAGGCACAGCGUAAGUGCGACGGAAUGCCCAACAAAAAAUAGAGGACCAUGGGAAAGAAAGGUGGAAAAAAGAGCGAUACCGACACGAGACAAACAACAGAGAGAUAUCGAAGAAAGAAGAGAUCAGAAUAGAGAAGAAAGCGAUGAGAUGGAGGUAAAACGACAAGCAGAGAUUACUGAACAACGAAACGAAAAAGAAAAGAGAGUGGAGGAAGAACAACACGAGCAAAGAGUAAACGACGAAGAAAAGAAAGGGAAAAAGAAGGAAGAUCUACAAUUUAAGAAGGUUGUAGGGAAGAGGACAGGGAACAAAGAGAGCAGAAAGGACACUCAAGGUAUCUCAAAGCUCUCCCCGACUAGACAGACAAAAUGA